AUGCCUUCCAAUGAAUCUAUUGAAAACAUUAAAGCAUUACUUGAUCAAGAAAAUGAAAAAGAUCCAAAUAUUCGUAUUAAUUAUACAAUACAUGAAUCGGUGGAAUUUCUUGAUGUACUUAUCGAAAAUGUUGAAGGAAAGUUGAAAACAUCUAUUUUUCGUAACCCAGCUGCUGAACCAUACAUACUUCCAUAUACAUCUGAUCAUCCACGACAUAUUCAUUCGAACACAAUUUAUACAGCCUUACUUCGUGGUAUUCGUAUUUAUUCAGAUGUUCAUACAUUUGACCACGAAAGAUUAAAUAUUGAAAUAGGCUUACUUCUCAAUGGCUAUCCACCAAAAUUUAUCCAACGACAUUUCAAAGAAUUCUUUUAA